AUGCGAUGCGGGAUUUUUGAGAGUGCAUCCACGUCACGCACUGCCACCCCAAUGAGUAUCAUCUACCCAUGUAGAAGAGAUUGCGAUGGCCAUAGUGUAUCUAGACUCUCAAAAACCGGGAUUAUACCAAGGAGUGGCUGCAAUGUGCUGGCCAGCCUUAUCGGGCGGGCAUCCAUGGUGAGUGGGAAGGAGUGCAACGUGUCUCGCCUCGCGUCGGCGGCAUCUUCUUCCACUUCCCCUCCCCACUGCCCCUCCAUCCUCAACCCCUCGAUCGGCAUCCACGUCGACUGGCAGGAGCAAGCUGCAAGCUUUCGGAACCCAGCUUCCUUUCAUGCUCCCAGCUUCCAUCAAGGUGCUGCUUGCUUGCUUUAUUCUAUCGACAGGGAUAGCAAUGGCGUUCACGGUGCAGGGACUGAUGUGACCGACAUAGCUGGGUGUAGUAUGCAGCAGGGAAUAGUCGUACCUCCGAACCAGAAGGGCUUCCACUACAGUUUCACGAAACUUGAGCGUGGCAGUGUCUGGUGCUCAUACCACCCGUUGAUCGCUGUCUUCGCUUGA